AGCAGUCUGGAUCUGGUGUAGAGGAGUAGAGAGAAGCGGUCCGGAUUCAGACUGAUUCCUCCGUGCAUGUUUCUCCUGUGUAUGAAGCUCUAGAUGGCUGGUUAACCAACGAGAAAAUACACGUCAGUCAGUCCGCACAUGUGAAGCUCUUUGACGCCAUAAAGCGGAUUUAUUUCUCACUUUGACCGGAGUCACAGAGGAGAGCUGCGAGAUGAAAUACAAAAAUCUAAUGGCGAAAGCGUUGUAUGACAACGUACCGGAGUCCCCCGAGGAGCUGGCCUUCCGUAAAGGGGACAUCUUGACCGUCAUAGAGCAGAAUACAGGGGGCCUGGAGGGGUGGUGGCUCUGCUCCCUGCACGGCCGCCAAGGCAUCGCCCCUGGCAAUCGCCUCAAGUUGCUGAUCGGACCCAUGUUUGAGGCUCAGUCGCCAGCCGCUGCUGCCGCCUCCAGCGCUGCCCAGUCCUCCCCUCAAAGCUCAGCCUAUCAGCAGAAGGUCGGCUCUGGGUCUCAGGGGCUUUACCAGGUGCCGCCGUCCCUCCAGAGUCCACAGCAGCAGAGCCAACAGAGCAUCUAUCAGGUUCCUCCUGCACAAGACGUCUACCAAGUCCCACCGAGGAGCACGCUAGCUGCUGAAAGCACUCCAAGCAAGGUGGUGACCCCGACCAGAGUGGGACAGACCUACACCUACAGCCCCGGACAGCACAACCAGCAGGACCUCUAUGAUGUCCCACCGAGCAGAUCACAGGGGGUGUACGAUAUUCCACCGGGUCAGAUGUUUCCUGCUGCGAGAAACCAGGGAGUUUAUGACGUCCCUCCGUCUCAGAUGGAUCCGAGGACGCAGGGUGUUUAUGACAUACCUCCCUCCUCACAAGGGGUCUACUCAGUGCCUCCAUGCAGGACCAACCCUGCCCUCCAGGAGGGGAACUACGACUUCCCACAGCCUCUCAAACACAAACAGGAAGGGAUCUACGAUGUGCCACCACCUACCCUCACCAAACCCACCCAAAGCCCCCAGUCCCAUUACGACUUCCCCCCAAAUAUGGAGCCUUCUGUUCAUCACCAACACCCCAACUCCAACAGCAAUGAAGGCAUUUAUGACGUACCCCCACCAGCCCUUCACUCAGGGGUGGGAUCCCAGAGGGACGUGUACGACAUCCCUCGUGGCAUGCAGCACAGAGCUUCGCCAUCUGAAAGAGACGGCAACAAAGGCAUCUAUGACAUUCCCGCUCAGGACAGUCGAGCAGUAGGGGAUGUGACUGACGGCGUGAACCGUCUGUCCUUCUCCAGCACCGGAAGCACACGCAGCAGCAUGUCCACAUCCUCGUCUUCUACAGGGUCCAGCUCUGAGGGACGCCUUGCUCUGGAUGUGGAUGCCGCCGUGCAGAGGUUGUACCGUCUGCAGCAAGGCGUGGACGCAUCAGUCGGAGCUUUACACUCAAUGGCAGCUUCCCCUCACUGGAGGACUUUCCCCUUCAUGGAGCGCCACGCUAAUGAUGUCCGCACGGUGCUGGACAGGGUGCGGGCUGCUCUAGGGGACUUUGUUGUGUUUGGUAGAGGGGCUGCAGUGAACGCUACCUCUCUGUCAGACUCAAGCCUGCACAGUAAACUCAGACGGCAGCUGGGGCGCCUGGAGGACUCGCAGCAGAUCCUCCUGCAGAUCUAUCAAACUCUGGAGAACUGCAGCUGGGCUCUGAAUGCCUUAGCAUUGUCUGGCAGACAGCACAACAAGAGCGACGACCUGGAUCGCUUCGUCAUGGUCUCCAGGACAGUCCCUGAUGACGCCAAGCAGCUGGCGUCCACGAUAGGCAGCAACGCAGAGCUGCUGUUCAGGCGAACGCACAUGGACGGGUCUUUCUCUAUCGGAAGCUCACCUGAUGAGAACAUGAUCCACCCGCUUACCUCCCCCUCCUCUGAUAACGACAACUUCAGAGGACAGACCAAACCCUUCCCCGUGUCGUCGAGCCAGGACAAAGACAACAUGAACAACAGUGAGAAGUGCGUGAAGAGCUGGAUGGAGGACUAUGACUACGUUCAUCUACAGGGCAAAGACGACUUUGAACGUCAGCAGAAAGAGCUCCUGGAGAAAGAGAACAUCAUAAAGCAGAGUCAGGUCCAGCUGGGACAGGAGCAGAUCAAUCAGUUCAAGAAGCUGGAGCAGGAAGUGAUCAAACCCGUGGAGAACGACAUCUCACAGUGGAUCUCACACCAACACUCAGGCAUGACCUCCGCCUCCCCCUCGGACUCCUCCUCCUCCUCCACGCCCCCCUCCACCCACGUGUGCGCCCGAGACCGCCAGCUCCUGGGCUUCUACUCGGAGCAGUGCGAGCAGCAUUUCGUCACGCUCCUCAGCGCCGUCGACGCCUUCUUCAGCUGCGUCAGCGCCGGGCAGCCUCCCCGCAUCUUCGUGGCUCACAGCAAGUUCGUCAUCCUCAGCGCGCACAAACUGGUCUUCAUCGGGGACACCCUGUCCAGGCAGGCGUCAGCGCCUGAGGUGGCCAACAGGGUGAUGAACUCCAGUAACGUGCUGUGUGACUUGUUAAAAACGGUGGUGGCUGCCACUAAAAUGGCAGCUCUUAACUACCCCAACACGGCCGCCAUCCAGGAGAUGGUGGACAGAGUCACGGAUCUCUCACAUCACGCACAGCAGUUCAAAGAACAGUUGCUGCAGCUGGCCAACUUGUGAUUUUCAACCAUGAUGUUCCAUUUGAUUUCAGCACAGACUCCAUGUGUAUAUUAUUUAGCAUAAAUCUAUAUAUUUACAGUACAUUUAUAUAUAUUGCUCUUCAUCUUUAAGCCUGUUUUGAUGUUGUACAUAGUCGGUUCUGUACAUAUUUGCUCUAUUUUUGUUUAGAUUGUUUUAUAUUAUGGUAUGGAUAUAUAAAUGUAGAUGCAGUUUGGUGUCUGUAGAAUCACGUAGACAUUUUUCAUAACAUUCCUGUUGCAUAUUCUAUAUGAAGCACCUUAUGAGAUGAGUCCUGUUCCUUUCAUUUGUACCUGUAGAGUGUUGUUGAUGUGUCUUACUGCUGGGUGUGACUGUAAAUCUCCCUGUAAAUCACGUUAAUGUGGAAAUGUUUGUGUGUGGAGCUGUCCACAAAGUAAAGGAUUGUUCUUAA